GUGCCCUCCCGCAUUUGGUAACUACUACUAGUUAUACUCGCCCGGAGUUCUUAGCUGUUACAUCGUUCAUCUCUGUUCACUUCACUUAUCGUGAUUCCUGGCUGAAUCCUCUUGAAUUGUUUUUUUCUAACAAAAGAAGAAAAGAAAACGAUUAUUCACCAUCCUGUUCUUUUCUUUUUCUUUCUCUGUUCCCGCCCUUUACAUUCCGUUCGAAACCAAAACCACAUCAUGGACCAUUCCAGUGAGCCCAACAAUGCCGCCCUGUACGAUGCGCGCCGUCGCAGGGGCUCAGUCGGUUCCUCCCAGCUUCUCGACAACAUUGUUUCUGCCUCCAACUUCGAUCGCGACGAAGUCGACCGUCUCCGCAAGCGCUUCAUGAAGCUCGAUAAGGACAGCUCUGGUACUAUUGAUCGCGAUGAAUUCCUCUCCCUGCCUCAAGUUUCAUCCAACCCUCUCGCCACGAGAAUGAUUGCCAUUUUCGACGAGGACGGUGGCGGUGAUGUCGACUUCCAGGAAUUCGUCUACGGUCUGUCGGCCUUCAGCUCUAAGGGCAACAAGGAGGAGAAGCUGCGAUUUGCAUUCAAGGUGUAUGACAUUGACCGCGACGGGUAUAUUUCGAACGGCGAGCUGUUCAUUGUGCUGAAGAUGAUGGUCGGCAACAACUUGAAGGAUGUGCAGCUGCAACAGAUCGUCGACAAAACGAUUAUGGAGGCCGAUAAGGACGGCGAUGGGAAGAUCAGUUUCGAGGAGUUCACGGAGAUGGUGGAGAACACGGAUGUCAGUUUGAGUAUGACGUUGAAUCAAAUUUAGAUGCUGCCUCGACCGACGAAUACUCAUACAUACUGCGCUGGAAGCUGUGAAGAUUGCCGUGCUGAUUUGAUUUUUGUGGGUUAUUGUGUGCCCUUGUGUGUGUGUGUGCUACGACAAUUCAUGAUUCCCUUUU